AUGGACACCGAUGCAAAGAUGCUAUCAGACACCUGGAGGAGUCUGCGCCAUAACAGUUCCCUGAGAGCUAAUCUUUUUCGCGAUAUCUCACGGAUCACGCUCUCGCUUGCCCGCCACACCUUUCCACACAUUGGCUCGCUCAGAAUGGACGAUCGAGGAUUUGUUCGCCUCAGCAACAGACCACUGACGCUUCGCCUUCAACAUUUAGAAAAUGAGGGAAUCCCAACUCAAAUUAGUCGGGGUCAACUUUAUUUCACUUCAGAUGCUUACAUACUGGAUCUUUUAGCAUGUUAUGAUAGCAAAUUACGACAUCAACCAAACUCCAUGCUCGAUUUUGUUGAUGGAUGCUCUCAAAUGGCUGCAGUGACUGCUUUACGAGCCACUCAUUCUCACUACCUCCAACGCGAUUUUCGCUAUGGCCCGUUUAUCUUCAUGCUCACAGAUCUACACCAGAGUAAUAUAUUUGUUGAUGAGAACUGGAACGUAAAAUACAUUAUUGACUUGGAAUGGACCUGCACACAACCCAUUGAGAUGCUGCGUGCUCCAUAUUGGCUUACAGAUCGAUCAGUGGACAACCUACUUCCAGAAGACGGGUUGGAAGAAUUUACCAAAAUGCACGCCGAAUUCCUUGAAAGCUUUGAAAAGGAGGAGAAGAAAAUGCAGGACAGAGAUCCAAAUUUCAACAUACCGCUGUUUGGGCGCCAAUUUACAGACAUCAUGAGAAGCUGCUGGGAAAACGGCAGUUUCUGGUUCUUCUAUGCGUUGGAAAACCCUAAAGGGCUAUUUUCUUUGUUUUACUAUCACCUUCUCCCUCGUUAUGGCCCAACCGACCCUAAUUUUUACAAUGGUUUUUGUUCUUAUUGGGCUGUAGAUGCAGCCGAACUUGUAGGAAAGAAGCUGAAAGACAAAGAAGACUAUGAUAUCAAACUGCGUGAAGCAUUCCAGAAGGAAUCUGAGGGAAGUCAGCGAUAG